CCUGAACCAAGAUCCAUCGGAAGCCAAACCUUGGGCUCUUUCCCCAGAGCAUCAUCAGAAGGGCAGAGGUUCUCUAAAAUAUGCUGCGUAAACCGUGGAAGCAUCACCUUCUCCUACCCUACCAUGCAUUUACCAUGUACAGGCUGGAAAAAUCCAAUGACGAAGGCUGAGAAGCAUUGUAAAGAGGACACUGGGCUGGGAGAAGGAAGCCUGGCGUCCGAAACCAGCUUCAUGCUGACUGGCUGUGCACUGAAUGAGUCACGGAGCCUCUCUGGGCCUCGGGUCCCUCACUGGUAGAUCAGGAACAAGGAGGAGGAUCUCAAAUAGAUAUUUGAGGAACCAGGUGCAUGCUGAGCUGGGCAGAGCCGGGUGCUUUAGAGAGAACGUCUGUACAUCUUUCUCAAGAUCUAGCUGAGCCCAGGAGCAUCGGGGAAAGAGCAAGAGGGCUUUGCGAUCCUUCCGGUAGAGGUGUCCGAAGCACGUCUGUCCCCAGGAGGAGAGGAAAGAUGGCCUUCGAGAGCGUGCGGCUGCUCUUCCUGUUGAGCUUCGCAGUCGGCACGGAGGUCCUGGCGGACAUCAUCAUGAGGCCCAGCUGUGCCACUGGAUGGUUUUACUACAAGCCCAACUGCUAUGGAUACUUCCGGAAGCUGAGGAGCUGGUCUGACGCUGAGCUCGAGUGUCAGUCCUUUGGAAACGGAGCCCACCUGGCGUCUGUCUCCAGUGCCAAGGAAGCCCGCGUCAUCGCAGGGUACAUCAGAGGCUACCAAAGAACCAAGCCCGUGUGGAUCGGCCUGCAUGACCCGCAGAAGAAGCAGCAGUGGGAGUGGAUCGAUGGGACCACGUAUUUAUACAGAACCUGGUCUGGCGCGUCGGUGGCCGGUGACCAGCAGUGUGCAGGGAUAAGCGCCAAGAACGAUUUUUUAAGUUGGAACAGCGGCAGAUGCAACAGGCGCCAGCACUUCCUGUGCAAGUACCGACCGUAGGGCGAGAAUGGAGCCGGCCGGGGUGCCGAGCUCCUUCCCUCUCUGCCGUGUGGGCCUCGUCUGGUUCUUGUCUCAGAAAGUAAACGUUGUGAGUGAG